AUGCAUGAAACAAACUGUACCGGUUUAUUUAGUCAAUCUGUCGGUCCCUAUGUGCCAACAGGCACGUACGCACGCGCGCGCAUUUUUGCGCGUGCACAUACACACACUACUCGUGCCGCCCCCAAUUCAGCAAUCUGCGUGACACGGUUGGCGGACCUUCAUCGCACCCGCCGAUGCACCCGAACCACGUGCGCUUUCGCUGAUGGCUACAUCGCCAGGCGAUCGGUAACAUUGACUUGUUUGUAUCUGCCUCAGCAUCAUCGCGGUCCCCGCAAAAGGGUGUUUCUCAGUUUGAAUGAGAUUUUAUUUCGCUGCAUCAUCCCAAGAGUUUGUGAGGAAAGUAUCAAACAGCUGGAAGCAAACAGUGCCGAAUUGACAAAACUCAACUUGAACAAUAUCAAAACGAUGAGCGCGGAGGUGAUCAAACGGCUUUGCGAGGCGCUCACCAAGAACAAUCAGUUGCUUGAAUUACACAUGGCCGCGACGGCUGUGACCAGUGCCAUGGUUGAACCCUUCUUCGAUAUGCUGUCCAAAAAUACCACCCUGAAGGUGUUGAAUUUGGAAUCGAAUUUCCUUACCGGUAAGCGAGCACUGCAUCCAUUGGUUUACCCCCAGUCGCGCUUCUCUCCAUCAUCUACUGUACAAUCAGCCUGUGUCAGUCAGUUCGAGCCCCUCCAUAGCCACCCAACUUUGAUGGUAGACAGCUUUGCGGUCGUCCGGUUCAAUACCACGCCUAACCUAUCGGGGCCUUUAUGUGGUUCACCACUCCAAGUCCCGGGGCCUAGAUUACCGGUUUCCAUGAUGGAGCACCAGGUCUUCGUGACUAUGGGGUUCGUCCCAUCUGCUGUUCACCACAAAUGUGUGUAA